GGAAACAUUUAUGGGCCUCAAUGAGUGAAGCCUGUAUGUGAAAGGAAGGACUGUGACAAAGCCUGAAUAUUCAAGAUAAAGUUGCAGCCAUUUUCCACGAGGAUCAAUGAUCAAAAUUUUUCUUUUUAAAAAGAGAUUUCUAAGUUAAAGAUGAAAGGAAAAUGCUGGAAUUGUUGGGAUUCUAACUGACAGGAUAAAGAAUACAGUAUUUCACAGUUACUUAAAAUGGAGCCUCAGUAACAUUCAGACUUUGACAUGCACCCAACUGGGAACAUGGAUGCCGGUUUUUCUCGUUCUGCUGUUCAGACACUGUCAAGAAGCCACUGCAGAAACAUCAAACAAAAAAUUUCUCAGUGGGAAGGAAGAACUAAUGGUAUACCUAAUCCAGAGAAGUGGCAUCCAAGGGACUUUGGAGUGAGAUAUAAUAACUGUCAUCAAGAGAGUCUUCUUAAGAAAAAUCCCGUCGAUGAGGGAAAGAGCAAAAAGUUGGAUAUAACCAACUCUCGCAAUGUUGGUCUAAAUAUUAAUGAAGAUGCGAAAAGCCAUGAUCAAACCAAGGAUGAAAGUGGGAAACGUGGAUGUGAUGAUACACACCUCUUUAGAAAUGAAUCAGAAUCCAAUUGGGUAUGUUCUCGGGUCAAACAGAUCGAAAGCUGGAAAGAAGUUGUUUUGGACCCAGAGACUUCCUUACCUCCAGGAAAUUUCUAUACCUCACAGAUCCUGUGGAAGAAAAUAGAAGCACUCCCCCCAGAUAAAGUCUUAAAUUUGGCUUUAGAACAUUGUGACUCUUCAGAAAAAGAACUGAAUUUCAGAGUUCUUGAUAGUUCAUAUGGAAUAACCAAGAGCUUAGAAAAUAUUUACUCUGAACCUGAGGGACAAGAAUGUGGACCUUCUAUAAAUCCUUUGCCCAAACCUCGCAGGACAUUCAGAUAUUUAUCUGAAUCCGGUGUUAUGCCAUGUAAAGAAAGAAACUGUGACAGAAAAUACUGUGAAAAUAAUUCUUGCGCAGAGUCUUGUUUGGCCUCUUCUCAGGAACCUGAACCAAAGAAAUAUGGCAGAAAAAUCAGAGGGAGAUCUAAAAGGAAAUCCUUUGAAUUUGAGGAUAUUCAGCACUUUCGAAAUCAGAGCUCACAGAAGAUUCAUGAAGAACUUGGAAGAAAUUCUGGCUCAGCACUUUAUUACACACAGUCGGAGGACAAUAUCUACGAGGAUAUCAUAUAUCCCGCCAAAGAGAAUCCAUAUGAAGAUAUUCCGGUGCAGCCUUUGCCCAUGUGGAGAUCCCCUUCGGCAUGGAAGCUACCACCCCCGAAAAGUGCUUUCAAAGCACCAAAGCUUCCUCCCAAACCUCAGUUCCUCCACCGGAAGACUAUGGAACUGAAGAGCUCCCAAGCUUAUUUACGGUCAAAGCUCACAAAGGAUACCACUUUGCCUGUCACUUUAACUGAGUGGAAGCUUUUCCGAGCUGGAGAAGUUGCAAACAGGAAAAGAAAAAAUCUUCCCAGGCUUGUAUUGAAAAUUGCUGACAUAUUUGAAUCUAAGAGAGGGAAAAAGAGGGUAAAGUUACACCCAUACACUGGAAAAGACAUACCUCCCUCAAAAGGUGAAACCAGUGGGAAUGAAAGUGAUGCUGAGUAUCUGCCAAAGAAUCGCCACAAGCGAUUAGCGCAACUGCAACAGUCUUCCAAGAGGAAUCCUCACUACCAGACCUUGGAGAGGGAUCUCAUUGAAUUACAGGAGCAGCAGCUCUUUGAACUUUUUGUGGUGGUGUCUCUACAGAAGAAACCAUCAGAAAUAAGCUACAUUCCCCAAGUCAUACAGCAGUUCCCUAGCAAGGGUGAUCAUGGCUUUAAGCAGUCCAAAGACACUGAAGAGAGGCUCAAAGUUAUCCCCAAAUUUUGUUUUCCCGACUCAAAGGACUGGGUGCCAACCUCAGAACUCAAGAGUGAAACAUUCUCCUUUGUCUUAACUGGUGAAGAUGGGAGCCGGUGGUUUGGUUACUGUAAGAAGCUCUUGCCGGAAGGCAGAGGGAAGCGACUCCCUGAGGUCUACUGCAUGGUCAGUCGCCUCGGCUGCUUCAACCUCUUUUCCAAGAUUCUGGAUGAAGUAGAGAAGAGAAGAGAGAUGUCUCCAGCCCUGGUUUACCCAUUCAUGCGAAGUGUCAUGGAAGCUCCUUUCCCAGCUCCUGGACGCACCAUCACAGUUAAGAGCUACCUCCCUGGGGCUGGCGAUGGGUCCAUUGAACUCUGCCGACCACUGGAUUCCCGAUUGGAACAUGUUGACUUUGAAUGUCUCUUUAAGUGCCUGAGUGUGUGCCAUCUCAUCCGGGUCUGUGCCUCCCUCCUGUUGGAACGGAGGGUAAUCUUUGUUGCCAACAGCCUAAGCACCCUGUCCAAAUGUGGCCAUGCUGUGGUCGCCACACUGUAUCCAUUCACCUGGCAGCACACCUAUAUUCCAGUCCUCCCAGCAUCUAUGAUCGACAUCGUGUGCUCACCCACCCCAUUCCUUAUUGGAAUCCUGUCUUGCUCCUUACCACAGCUCCAGGACCUACCCAUUGAAGAGGUGCUGAUAGUUGAUCUCUGUGCAGACAAGUUCUUACAGGAGGUAUCUGAUGAGGACGAAAUUCUACCUCCUAAACUCCAAGCUGCCCUGAUGCAGAUUUUGGAAGAACGAAAUGAAAUCUUGGCUCAGGAGCACAAUUUUUCACAAGCAGAUGUGACACUCAACUCUCUGGUGUCUGAGGCAUUUGUGAGGUUUUUUGUGGAGGUCGUGGGACAUUAUUCUUUGAGCAUGACUGUCACUGAGCAUGGGGAGCGUGUAUUCCAAAGGGAACCAUUCCGUAAAUCCCACACCUCCCGAAGUGUACGCCACUUCCUGGAUCUCUUCAUGGAAACACAGAUGUUUGCAGGCUUCAUCCAGGACCGAGAGCUUCGGAAAAGUGGGGUGAAAGGUUUGUUUGAGGUCCGGGCCCUCCAGUAUUUGGAAACAAUCCCAGAGUCUGAGCCUAGUGGGAUGAAUAAAAUUUUGCGGAGUCUUGGAAGUAAAAUGAAAUUUCUGCAGAAGAAAUGAAAUCUUUGAUUGACUGUCUCCAUCUUAAAUAGAACAGAAAGUGCCAAAGAAAAUACUUCUCCAAGAGUCAGGAUACCUCCAAAAUCCUGGAAAGUUGAAAAGGUUACAAAGCAGUCCAGGCCCUUGGAGGAGGAUUCUCCUGUUGCUGCUGUAUUAAUCACUGGAGGAUUGUUGGGAGUAGUCUGGAACCAAUGUUCUCAUUACUCUGCCUCCAAUUUUUUUUUUCAGUGGCCUUUUCUAUUUAAUUCUUGGGCUCUUUCUUUGUGUUAUGUACUUAGUCUGUGAAGGCACUUAUCUUUUAAUAGGGAAAGAUUUGGUGUUGCAUUUUUUAAAAACAGCUCAAAGAUGAGCACAAUGAGGGAAAUGCUGAGUUGAAGGUACUGAGAAAGCAUGAUAGAAGUGCAGAAUGCACCCUACACACAUCAUUCUCAUCACUGAAAUACCAUAGCAGCUUGACACCUAUGGGCUGUUUCAACAGAGCUAAGGAAUAUACUCCUCAUAUAUCUCCAGUUUCUGUUUUUUAGUCUAAUGUUCUGUCUGGGGGAAUCUCACUGAUGUGGAAGCCCUAUUUAUUUAACACUGUUAUUGAGUAUCUUAUACAAGUAGGCACCUUGCAGCUCCUCCUCCACAUCGUGUGGCACUUGAGUAGCUUGUCAACAUUAAACUUCGUGGGAUUAUAGCUAACAGGAAAAUAUCCUUUCAAGGGCAUGAAAACCCCCUUUUCUUAGUGUCCCCCAUGUGCCAUGUGUGAUGGUACACGUAUGUCAUCUUAU